AAAAAUAGGAAAAGACAGAAGAAAGCUUCAAAUCAGCUCAUAAUCUGAAGAUGGUUACCAAAUUUCAUACUUUUAUUUUCUAGUUUGAUCUGUUCUGUGUGUGAACUGUCUAUCAACUUCAAAUUGGCUAUCUGUGGACAUGAUAUAUGUUCAGUGAUGAAGAACAUUUGGUGUUCAAGAAAAUGCAUGCGUUUUCCACAGUGGAUGGCUUUGUAUCGAUAACCGAGUCCUUAGCAGACAUGAUAAAGUUCCUUGCAAACGAGCCCUCAGCAGGGCUUUUCCACGUUCAACAACAUACACAGAAUACGGUGCCCAACCUUAUCCAUCUCAAUAACAAUAUGGAGGAAAAAUCUCGUCAAGUGACUUUGCACACAGCCGAUUCAGAGGAUUCCAUCGUCAUGGUCAGGUCAAUGAAAGAGUGUGGCUUCUCAAUUGCUAAUGAAAUGAUUAAAGAUCUCAGACAUUCCCUAGCUAUCAUGUCUGAGAAGAAGCUGAGAAGUGGAUUUAUAAGUAAUAGACCAAGUUCAAGUUUCCGGAUAGGGAGAACUAUCUCUUGGAAUCCUGCUACUUGGGGUCAACAAAAUACAUGUCCGGAACCAGAUGGUGAGAGGAAUGUUGGUUAUAUUUCAAAUGUUUUUAAGUCAGCAAAAGAAAAAGCUAGUAGCUUCAAGUGGCCUCAGAUGGAGUCCAUAGAAUUUAAACCAGCAAAGAAUGAAGCAUCUUUGCCUGACCAAGAUGAGCAAUCUGUGACCUGUUCGAAUGAUGCGCCAUUAACGGCAGAUGCCAGAGGUCAACGGUGAAACGUUGCUGUUCUCAAGCCAAACUGUUGAUGUGCUACAAGACAUGUGCAGGUAAAUGAAAGCACGUCCAAUGAUCGAAUUUUCUUUAUCAGAAAACUAUGAGGAGUUUAGGCUGAUAGAGACGCAAAACUCGAGUGGUCGGGAUGAACGGUCAAUAGAGGCGGAGUUAAGAUUUUGAAUUUAUCGGCCGUGGAUUCUAGAAAAAAUACCUUACUGAGUUCUGAAUA